CAGAGCUUCUGUUCAGGGGCGCUUGAGACACCAUAAACGCAUAAGGCAUCACCAACAACGCCCCCCACGCGUCCAAUUUGAUUCAAGACACCCUUUAAACUCUUCCGAAACUAUUGAGAACAAGUCUGAUUAUUUGGCGUUGAUGUUUUGCCAAAAGGUGAAUCUAUACUUAGCGUAUUUUAUUUAGAGAGGAUAAAGUAUCUUUACGAACGUUCAAUUAAUUUUCAGUCCUGGAUUGAAAAUAAAAAAUCGUACAAUUCUGCAUGUAUACUUCAAAGAUCUAUCAAGUAUUCGAUUCCGAAGAGACAUCAUAUUCACCUGGAAUGAUCUGUUAGCAUCAUUCGGAGGCAUUGUUGGUCUCUUUCUUGGCUGCAGUCUACUCAGCUUAGUGGAGCUUAUGUACUUCUUCACUCUUCGCUUUAUAUUAAGAAGGCCAUUGACCAGACCUAGAAAUGUUAGUGUUUCACAAGAUCAGCUAGCACAAACUGGUCCCUUUGCAUGGACUGCA